AUGACUGAGUCCGAGACGAGCAAACCACUCCGUUAUGUCGAUGUACGUGCUCUCGACAACGCCAUUGGAUUUUUUCAAAGUACACUCGCUGACUCCAACAAACAGAUCGGCAUUAACCUAAGUGACCCGAUGUUCCAGGGCCACUACCACGGCAAACAGGCGCACGAGGGCGAUCUGGACGAUGUCAUCCAACGCGCCAAGGACGUCGGAUGCGAAAAGUUUAUGGUAACAGGCUCAGACCUGGAAGAGUCACAAACAGCCAUUCAAAUCGCCCGAGACCACCCCGGAUUCUGCUACGCCACAGUCGGCGUUCACCCCUGUCAAGCAGACCUCUUCGACAAACACCCCGGCGGCCCAACAGCUAUGAUAACCGAGCUGCGAAAACUAGCCACCGAAGCUAAAGAAGCCGGACUGGCCGUUGCAUUUGGAGAAAUCGGCCUCGACUACGACAGGCUAUUCCACAGCGCCAAGGAACCACAGCUGAAAUACUUCGAAGCCCAGCUCGACCUCGCAGUUGAGAUUCAAAUGCCAUUGUUCCUCCACUCCCGCGCCGCGAGCGAGGACUUCGAGCGACUUCUCGCGUCCCGAUUGCCCCAUUUGCCGAAGGGUGGUCUGGUGCAUAGUUUUACCGGGACGAUGGAGGAGAUGCAGAGGCUUGUUGCGCUGGGUGUUGAUAUCGGUGUUAAUGGGUGUAGUAUGAAAACGGAGGAGAAUUUAGAGGUUGUCAAGGCUGUUCCGUUGGAGAGGCUUCAGAUUGAAACGGAUGGUCCUUGGUGCGAGAUCCGGCCCUCGCAUGCCUCGGCUAAGUUCUUGUCUGGUGCCCCGGACCUGCCGAAGUCCUUCAAGAAGGAGAAGUGGCAGAAGGGGUUCAUGGUUAAGGGGAGGAAUGAGCCUGUUGCUAUUGCUCGGGUUGCGCAUGUUAUUGCGCAGGUGAAGGGCAUUUCGGUGGAGGAGGUCUGCGAAGCGUAA